AUGACGCCGAAGACCCGCAGAGUGAGUGAAGGUCUCACCGCCGAGGUGCCACCGAAGACCCGCAGAGUGAGUGAAGGUCUCACCGCCGAGGUGCCACCGAAGACCCACAGAGCGAGUGAAGGUCUCACCGCCGAGGUGCCACCGAAGACCCGCAGACUCUGUGGCGCUGAGCAUAACGGUUCCCCCUCCCUUCAGGUUCUCUUCAUUGAAACAUUGCAGACCCUCAACGAGAUGCUCCUGAGUCUGAUUUUAGAAAAUCCAGUUCUGGCUGAGCUAGAGAGGAUCUUGCAGCUCAUGGACUCCUGGAUGCAGUCCAGGGAAGCUUGCCGGCGGGAGAGGGCUGUAUGGAGCAGCAUACUGCUCCUAAACUUCGUGGCCACAGAAAUCAAACUGGAUGAAGCGUCUCCAUUCACCAGGCUCGGACACCUGGUUGCAGUGCUGGGGAUCCGCUGUGGGGAUCCCGUCAAGGCGAUCAGCUCAAAGGCAGCAGAGGCUGUUCAUUACCUCGUCUCUAUUGCGUGGCACCAAAAGAUUGCACAGUUGGACAGAAAGAAUGUGGAAUGGACUGAACAGAGGAACAAAGAAUUUCUGGCUCCUCGGAGCCCCACUGUGGUUUGCAACAGCCCCUCCAGGAUCGCAGAG